CAGUCGCCAUGUGACGUUCGCACAAAAGCAGUUUCCCGCGUUUACUAGUCCAGUUAAAUGAAAAAAGAACGUAAAAAAUAGAAAACCACAGAGCAUGGCCUUCUAGGGUUUAUCCCUCUUACUAGGGUUUAUCACUGUUAAUCCAUUUUUCCCCUUGUUUAUUUUUCAACUCUCUCGCUGAUGCUCCUGCAACUCAAAGAUGAAAAGAUACUGAUUCUGCCCUAGAAAUGGACCUCAACCGACGGUUAACAAUGCAGGAGCACACUUCAGAACCUAAUAGAGUCCAUUUCGGAAUGUCUUUCUUCAAUUUAUUGAGCUUUUACUCAGCCAUGGGCGGGUUUCUGAUAGCUUUGCUUUCACCAGUGGACUCAGCCUCUGGACCUCAUAUAAAUGAUUUGAAUGUGCUUUUGCCUCCUCUGAUAACUAAGCCUGUUGAGUAUCGCCUUCAAGGAACUGAUGGUUGUUUUUCAUGGUCAUGGGAUCACCAUGAUAUCUUAUAUGUCCAGCCUGAGUAUAAUGGAACUAGCCACUGUUCAACCAGUGCACGGAUAAUAUCAAUUGCACCGUAUGGUGGUCGGAAGGAGUCUGCUGUUUAUGCUACUGAUAUUCAUAGUGGGACCGUCAUUAGAUGUGAAGUUUUUAUUGAUAAAAUAUCUCGAAUUCAGAUAUUUCAUCACUCAGUUAAAUUGGAUCUUGAUGGGCUCGCUACUCUCCAAGUUCGUGCAUUUGAUGAUGAAGACAACAUAUUUUCAUCUUUGGCGGGCCUACGAUUUAUGUGGCAUCUAAUGCCUAAGGAUGCAGAGGUUGAUGAGCCACUUCAUCGCCUUGUUCAUGUUCCAUUGAAAGAUACCCCCUUGAGUGAUUGUGGUGGUUUUUGUGGGGAUAUAAGUACCCAAAUAAAGAUUGAAGAUAGUGGUGUGGGAUCUGAUUUAUAUGUUGUACGAGGAAUUGGUAUUGGCCAUGAGAUUGUUGCUGUUCAUCUACUUGAACCCCACCUUGAGCACGUUCAAGAUACCAUUACAUUGACCAUUGUAGAAUCUAUGUCUCUGGAUCCUCCAUCUCCUGUUUUGGUCAUUAUUGGUGCUUGUGUACACUACAGUCUGCGAGUUCUCCGUAAGAAUACUCCUCAAGCAAUUCCAUUGCCGUCACAAUAUCAUAUUUGGUCUGUUGUAAACUCCUCUGUCGCAUUGGUUGACCCUCUAAUGGGUAUAGCUUAUGCUCAGAACUUGGGAAUCACAAAUAUCAUUGUUGAGGACAUAAGGGUCGCUGGACAUCAACAGAUAUCAUCGAUGCAUGUAGUCAUGCCAGAUAGGAUUGUGUUGUUUUUAUUGCCAAUAACAAUUUCAUCUGUCCCACUAGAAGGGAGGGAGGCUAUACCAUCUUCAGUCCCUUGGUACCUAGUUGUUGGCCAAGAUUAUGUUGUCCAUUUGAAGGUUUUCUCACCUGAAUAUAGAGAGAGAGCGUUGUACAUUACUAAGAAUGAAGAUUUGAAGCUGGAAUAUGAUAAGCCUGAAUAUUGGGUUAUGUCUGCAGUCCCAGGUGAGAUUGCUAUUAAACAUGGUUGGCUGAAUUGCACACGCCUGACAGCUAUCUCUGAGGGCAUAGGAAAGUUGUCUGCUUCUUUAACGUAUCAUAGUGGAAAUCCAGAAGAGUCUAAGGUUCUUUGUGUCAUGCAAGAAGUUCAAGUCUGCAAUCGUGUCACAAUCUUUUUGGGUGAAGUGGAUAUUGUGCCUUCGCCCAUUCGCAUUCCUUGGGCUCCUGGUGUGUACCAGGAGGUCGACUUAAAGGCAAUAGGAGGUUGUGCCAUAUCAUCGAGAGAUUACCGUUGGUUCUCAUCCGACAAGGGUAUUGUAUCUGUUUCGGCUUCUGGAUAUGUUCAGGCAAAGCGCCCUGGUCAAGCUAUCAUUAAAGUGGAAUCUGUCUUUGACUCUCUUAACUAUGAUGAGGUGGUUAUUGAAGUAUUGAUUCCUUCAUCGAUGGUUGUUCUACCAAGUUUGCCUGUCGAGGCUAUGAUUGGAACCCAUCUUCCAGCUGCUGUGACUAUGAGAACGCUAAAUGGUGAAGGGUACCAUAAAUGUGAUGCUUUUAGUUCUGCCAUCAGGUGGCAAGUUUCUAGUGGAGCAGAGGUUUUUCAAAUUGUCAAUUCAUCGAACCAUGCACAUGUCUUGAGCUUGCUACCAUAUGUGCAGGAUUCCAGUUUUCUUGAUGCUUCGCUUUGUGCAUGGACCCUACUGUAUGCUUCCAAACCUGGGAGAGCAACACUUCAUGCAAUUUUCUCCAAAGAAUUUCAGCCUUCUGAAAUUCAGUCUUCCUUGGAUAAGCUUCUUAAUCUAAAAGCAUCAACUAUUAUCGCUGCAUAUUCUCCACUUGUUGCUCUACAGGCAGGAGAUGGGAACCAAUUUGGUGGUUACAAGGUUGAGGAUAAAAGCCAGUCUUCUUUGGAUGAGCUUUACCUUGUUCCAGGGACAGGAAUCGAUAUAUUUCUUGUUGGAGGGCCUGAAAGGUGGCAUCCAGGGAUAGAUCUCAUUGAGUCUGUUGAUAUCAUUACUGAACAGAGCGAAACACCUCCUAUAAAAGAUGUAGUAGUUGCUAAGAAGGCAUCUAGCCCUGGUCAAAGUUUGUAUAGAAUUUUCUGCCAAACCCUGGGAAAGUUUAAGCUAUUCUUCUCACGUGGGAACUCAGUUGAGGAAUAUCAUCCUUUUCCAGCCUUUGCAAACGUGGAAGUUUCUCUCUUUUGUAGCUUUCCUUCUUCAAUCAUCUUGAUUGUCAAUGAACCAGCAAACUUGCCUGACCUUAUAUGGUCCGCAACUCAGGCUGCUCGUGGUCCUGGCAGAAUCCGUGUCUCACCUAUCACUGUGAUGAAUGGCUGCACUAUUCGGUUGGCUGCUGUUAGCAUUCACAAAUCUGGGAAGCCUUUUGCGAACUCAUCUUCGCUAUCACUGAAUUGGGAGCUUAGCAGCUGUGAUAAACUGGCAUAUUGGGAGGAAAAUAGUAGCAGUUCAGAAAGAUUCAAAACCACUUGGGAGAGGUUCUUGGUUUUGCAAAAUGAGUCUGGAUUGUGCAUGGUGCGAGCUACUGUGGUUGGUAUUUCUGAAGCUAUUUCUGAAGCCGCAACUGGGAUGCUUUUUCUAAAAGUAUCUGAACUUCUAGAAAGUGCAGAAAAUAGACUUGCAGAUGCUGUUCAACUACAGCUGGUUUCUUCACUGAGGAUUGUUCCAGAGUCUAUCUUGUUGUUUUUUCACCCAGAUGCAAAGGUUAGAUUGUCUAUUUUGGGGGGAACCUGCGAUGUGGUUCCUGUUUUGAAUGUUAGCAAUGUGGUACAAGUUAUCCAAGAGGAACAAAGUCCUUCAUGCAAGCAUUUGAUGUUGGGUGCUAGAGGAUUGGGCUCUGCAGUCGUCACUGUGAGAGAUGUUGGGCUUUCUCCUCCCGUAACAGCUUCUGCCUUGGUUCGUGUCGCGAGUCUGGAUUGGAUUAAAAUUCUUCUACCCGAAGAGAUAAGCCUUCUGGUUGGCACUAGAAAGACCAUCAAUCUUGAGGCUGGGACAGAUGAUGGAACUGUAUUCGACCCUUCACAGUAUUCCUACAUGAACAUCCGUGUGCAUCUAGAGGAUGGGCUGCUGGAGCUUGUUAGUGAUGAUGAAUUUCCAAGCUCUGAUGCAAAUAAAAUUGUGGGUCCGAGUUUUGUUGUUUAUGCUGUCACACUUGGGAUGACUACUUUACAUGUCAGUGCUCGGCUAUCAUCUGGGCGUGAUGUCCUAAGUCAAACUAUCAAGGUGGAGGUUUAUGCUCCAUUGAGGAUUAAUCCAAGGGAUGUGUUUCUUGUUCCCGGUGCAUCGUAUGUGCUUGCUGUGACAGGGGGCCCAGGGACUGGAAAUGUUGAGUAUGCUAGUAUGGAUGAAACCACUGCAACUGUUCAGAGAUCAUCUGGACAACUCUUGGCAGUUUCACCAGGAAAUACUAGCAUACGUGCUGCCAUUUAUGAUAGUGGCAGCGCUUUAUUAUGUGAAGCAUAUGGAACAGUGAACGUGGGAAUCCCUUCUUCAAUGUAUAUUAAUUUUCAAAGUGAACAGCUGGCUGUUGGCCGUGAAAUGUCAAUAUACCCUACGUCAUCUUAUGGUGACUUAUUUUCAUUCUACGAGCUUUGCAAGGGGUACAAAUGGAUGAUAGAAGAUGAGCAGGUACUAGGUUUCCAGAUGAGUAAAUUGCUACAGAAUGAUAAGCAUGAGGCUUCUUUUUCAAGUCCCACAGACAAGGGUUUUAUUUUCUAUUCGGAUAGCGAUGAUAUGGGUUUUAUAAAUACAGUAUAUGGAAGGUUCCCAGGGAGAACAAAGGUCAAUGUCUCAUUUUCAUGUGAUUUUGUUUAUUCGGGUCAUAUUUCACAUACAGUAAAUUAUAAUGCAUCAGAAGUGUUAUGGGUCAUUGCUGAUCCUCCCCUAUCUCUUGGAAUUCCUAUUACCUGGGUCCUUCCACCUUUCUAUACAUCCUCGACUGAAUUGCCUAUGUCAUCAGAAGCUUCCUCUCAUAUGGACUCGCGGAGCCGGAAAGGAAAUAUUGUGUACUCAGUAUUAAAGUCCUGCUGUAAGAAACAGGGUACUAUGGAACAGGAUUCAAUUACUAUCAAUAGAGGGCGUGUGGUGACUAUGGGCAGUAACGUUAUUAACUGCAUUCAAGCAAAAGACCGUUUAAGUGGACGAAUUGAAAUUGCUUCUUGUGUAAGAGUUGCUGAGGUAGCCCAAGUAAGAAUAAAUAUUGAAGAGUUCCCUUCUCAUAUCAUCAACCUUGCUGUUGGUGCAAGUCAGAAAUUAGCAGUAAACUAUCAUGAUUCUCUUGGCAUCCCCUUCUUUGAAGCCGGUGCUGUUCCAUUAUCCAUUGAUACCAAUCAUCCAGAUGUAGUGUCCAUUUUAAAUCUCAAUGAGGAAAACUACACACUCAGUAACAUUCAAAGUAUUCAUUUGAAGGCUUUGCAUUAUGGGAGAGCACUUGUGCGCAUAUCAAUCAACAACAAUCCAAAGGUGUCAGCUUAUGUUUUGGUGUCAGUGGGUGCCUACAUCAGCCCCCAGAAUCCAGUCCUCCAAGUUGGAUGUCAUGUUAACUUCACCAUUAUUGGAAAAGAAACUGCUGAUGUAGAAGGGGGUCAAUGGUUGAGUGCCAAUGAAAGCAUUAUAUCAAUUGAUAGGCUAUCUGGGGAAGCACAAGGUGUUGGAGAAGGUGCAACUCAAGUAUUUUUCAAAAGCAGAGGCUUCAAAUUGCAAAUAUCAGUCACAGUGAAGAGAGCAGACGCGGUCCUAAUUGAUGCUCCAUCAGAAUUGUUGACGAAUGUGCCCUCCCCUGGAAAGGGAUAUGAGUUUUCUGUAAGAUUUAGUGGUACACAUGACGAGAAGUUUGAAGAUGUCGGAAACAAUGUGGGGGUCUUGUACGACUGCCAUGUUGAUCCAGCCUUUAUAGGGUACACAAAACCAUGGAGAGAUCCCGAGUCUGGCAAACAUUUUUGCCUCUUUAUCCCUUAUUCCCCAGAAUAUUUGGCUCGUACCAUACCCCAGAUGAAAGCCACCAGACCAGAUUUGGAGAGUAGGAUUAAAGAUGGGCUUACGUACAUUUCAAUUACAGCUUCUCCAAGAGGGUUAAAGCAGAUGGCUGGAUCAGCUGUUGCUGCCCUUUGUGGAGGAUUUGUUAUCCUUGAAAAAACAAAGUUGAAUCUGACACCAAAUUCUAACACGAGUAUUAUAACAAUUGUGGGGAAUACUGAUAUUCAAAUCCAUUGGCACGCCAGAGAUCUAAUGUCAGUUACCUUAAUGACCCUUGAUGAACCAGGAAUUGGGGGACGUGCAAAAUAUGAGAUCAAAGUAAUACACAACCAAAGCUUCACUGAUAAGUUGAUUGUGACGCUUCCAGCCACAGGGCAGGGAGAGGUGGUUGACAUUAGCUAUGAGAGUGGAAAAGUUGAAGAGCCUGUCAUGCGGAGCAAAUUAUAUCUUCUUGCUUCUUUUGCCUGUGUCCUUGCGGUUUUGUUGUUGAUCGUGUUACUUAGAUGGUGGGGAAGACAACAACUUGUUAGGCCAUCGAACACUUUGGUGGGUCCCACAGAGCCCAUAACACCAAAGCGACAACCAAUUACUCCAAUCAAUGGUGUGCAUACCCCACCUCAGCCAGCACUGACAACGCCUGUGCCAUUUACUGAGUAUGUGAGGCAGACAAUGGAUGGGACCCCUCACUUGAGAAGGGGUGGGAGAAGGCGUUUCAAUCCUCUCUAUACAUACUAGAAUUGCAUUUUUAUGGGGAUUGGCACAAGAAGAUAAACUGGAUAUCGUACAAGGGACUAGAAAGAAAUUUGAAGAGAAUGCCAUGACAUCCCAUAUAAGAAUGUUUAUUAGCUUACAAGUAGGAAAAAAAGGUGAUCUUUGCACCCUUAGAAUUAGUAGUUUCUAUCUCGCAAAACUUUGGAGAUUAAUGUGUUUGACUUAGGGUUUGCUACAGAACUGGGGAAACUUGUUGCCGAUGAGUUUAAGAUGACUAUUGAUGUUGACAAAGAAAAAUGAACUGUGUAGUACAUAAAAUGUAUGUUUUCCAAAGGAUGCUUAUACUACAACAAUGUUAAUGAGGUUGAACACUAUUAUACAUAUAGUUCUAGACUCCGCUAAAUUUACCUUCAA